GAGUGAUUGGUUUCAGAGUUCUGCACUCCACUUGUCGUCUGAGAACUGACAUGUGUGAUGUAAUCUAUGAAUGCAGUCGACGAAGUUGACAAAGAAUCUAGUUGUUUCCAACAGCUUGAAACCGUUGAUUGAAUUCAAACUUAUUUGUCAUGCGUGUGCACUUCUUGAAAAGCAAACCUGCAGUUCGUGUUCAAGAAGGUGCCACAUUUUCUCGUUCAGAAGGAGGAGGCAGAGGACUUCAUUGUUGGAACUUUGCGGCCCAAGAGGAUUGCUGUGCACAGCCGUGGGUGCUUGGGAAACGCCAUGGGGCGAAGGCAUUUCCUCUUUGGGCCACCUCCUCGAGCGUUGCAAGGGUCAAUACUCGAGGGCUGCCAAGUCAGAAAUGACGCACCAUCAGCACUUGUGGACAGCGAGCACGUCCAAACCAGGCGGCAUUUCAACCUUGAAGAGGGCACGCGAGGUGCGACAACAAGUUCCUUCGAGAUUGCUUCAAAGAGGCGGUUUGAUGCCUUAGAGCACAAGGAGCACGGACGAGAGGUGAUCGAAUCUUACUACGGCAGAAAGCAUUUGCUGGGGCCAGAAUGCCACAUGCAAGGAGCCUUGCAGGUGAAGAGUGCUGAAGUUCAACGUCGACGGCAAGAGACAAGUCAGCCGACUUUGAGGCGUGGUGACACUCCCCAACGACGGCACUUGGUCUCUCAGGACCACUUGCUGUGGAGCGGCGCAGUCAGUGGUCGGUGUGCAGAUCAAGCACCCCCACAGGGCUUGCGGCGCAGCGAACCAUCACCCACACUGGAUUCCCAAGUUGCAAACUUGCUUGUUGAUCCAGCAAGAGAAGCGAUGGCGCAGGCGGCUCCCCUGCUUUGCUACGGCCCAAGGCUGAAUGGAGCUGAUGCCUUCGCUCCUGUUUGUGUGGAGGUGUGUUUGCAAGAUCUCAAACUCCGGUCAAGCGCCGAGUUGAAGUGGCGGACAAUCUUGUCGGGGGAACGCUGCGAGGUGCAGGUUCUUUGCAACAGGCAGAGAAAAGUGAGAAGAUCCUGCAAAGGCGAUUGGACGAUGGAACCAGUUUGCUUGGUGGACACCUUCGGGAGCCUCUUCCAAUGCCUUUUGUGGAUGACGCAGCUCGCCCAUUGGCCUUACCAUCUCGGAGUCCCCAGCGUCCUCAGGAUCAUUUGGCUGGUGGUGCUUGCCUUCCAGUGAGCGCACACUGAAUGCACAAAACAUGCUUUCAAAGUCUCAAGAAGAGACUUUGCGCAUAUAGCCAAUGCUUGGACUCGACAAAUGACUGUGACUUUUCGAGCUUAGCAGAACCCGCAAGGCAAAAAAUGGAAGCGCCAUUUCUGCUGCUGUGGCUGUUGGAGGGCUUUUGGAGGAGAUGUGACGU